UAUUACGUUGCUUUGAAUGUUAACUUUUAAAAAUAAUUCACAGUAUUUAAAAAUUAAUUUUAGUUAUAUAAGUUUUAUAGUUAUUAAAUAAUCACUGGAAUGUAUGCUAUUGUGGUUUUUGACAAUGAGAUGAAAACUGAAUACAUUCCUUUCAAUUGGAUUAUCAAUAAAAUUGAACUUCAAGAAGUUUCAAUGUUGGUUAGGCAGCGUAUAGAAUUAAAAUGCUACUGGCCUCCAUGGUCAAAUUCAGGCAAAGUCAGUAGAGCACAAAAGCAGUGCUCUGAACCUGAAAUAGAUUGGAAAACAUACUCUAUUCGAUUGUUAGCAGUUGCAGGUAAUGAGAAAGAAGCCUGUGAAAAGGUGACAAUUGCAGAAGAGACUUCUAAUGUCGAAGAGAACUUUACUAAGCAAAAAAGAAAAGUCAAAGAAGAUUUAAUUGAAAGUACUGAUUCAGAAAGUAAAUACAGCAAUAGAAAGAAAAAAAAGAUAUCUGAAAAGCUUCCUAAGCCUGUAAUACCAGAGAGACAGUCGGGGGUUUGUCAUUUUGAGAUUGAAAACAGUGGAUUGUUAACUCCUGUGCUAUGCACAGAAUCGUCAGAAAAGGAAGUUCAGCACAGACAAAAUAAAACUUUUGAUUUACAGUCAGAAAGUGUUGUAAAGUCAAAAGAUAUGUCUGGUAUUCCUGGUAACACAAGUAGUCCAUUGUUAAAAACGUUUGGUUACACUACAUCUGCAGAAAAAUUGUUGUUGAAAAUUUUGGCAGCUCAAGAAGAAAUAAGAGAGACGCAAAAGUUGCAUUCAGCUAUGUUGCACAGCAUUCAGCAACAAAUUAAUUUCAACGCAUGGCAUUACAGAGGAUGAAAUUGAAUUAAACUUACCACUUAAAACAACUGAAGAUGUCAAAGCUUUUGAAGAUAGGUUGAAAGAUGAAGAUGUGAAAAAAAAAUUGUGACUGGCGAUGAUCCAGCAGAAAUCUGUGGCGUAGAUCUAGUGUUUCCCCUGUGUUCAAAUAAUGCAAGAUCUCGCAGUGUGGGAUUGCAAUUCUUAAUUAAUGGUAUUGAUUUCUUUAUUUUCAUAGCAAAAAAAUUAUUAGUACUUUUACCCUAGGGCACCAUCCAUAAAGAACGUCAUCUAAGUAGGGUGGUAGGGGUCAAGAUUAAAAAGACACAAAGGCGGAGGAGGGAGGUUGUCAGAAAAGUACAUCACUUUAUAGAUUUUUUAUUUCAAUUUUAUAAACAUGAAAAACAGUAACAUAAACAUGAAAAAAUGUAAAUAUGUGUUUUUAUGAAGAU